ACCACGAAGAAACUAGCCUAAUCUCUUUCCCUCUUUUCCCCUGCUUUUCAAAUACCUCAACAUUGCUGCUGCCAGUGACAUCGACACCUUUCCCCCUCUCCAGCUUUCCUCCCUCUUUUCGCAACUUUUUUUUACUUCUUUUUCGCUAUGACAACCAAUGACAAUUUCCUGCAAGAUGAUGCCGAGGAAGAGGCCGAGCUGGAAUUCCUGCGCGACAGCCUUGAGCAAAUGGACAACCUGGCCGACAAAACAACGCAGCUACUGGAGCUCUUCGACACGCGCCUAAAAAACCUGGGCCGGGUGAUAGCGCCCAUCUACAAGUCGACGCAAAAGUUCACCCGCCUCUACGACAACGUCGAAAAGUCCAUCGGCACGCUGGACGACAUCCUCCUGUUCUUCAAUGUGGCCGCCGACGAGUCCGAGACCAUCCGCGCCGGCCCCGACAACAGCGAGCUGCUGCCGUACCUGGACUCAAUCAACCGCCUAAAGGACGCCAAUGACGCGCUGGGCCGGCUCGACCUGGAUUCGGCGAAGCAGAGCCGCCGGGAGAUCCACGAGCUGCUGAAGAUUGGCCUAGGCAACCUGUCGCAGCUGUUCAGCCAGUGGCUCAAGCAGCAGUCGGGCGGCGUGGACCCCGCGGCAUACACCAGCGCGACCGAGAUCCCGACCUUCCCCACCGACACCGUCAAGCUGCUCAGCAUGCUGGCCACGUACCUGAAUCUGGUCAACGACGAGGUCAGCUACGAUCUGAAGCUGACAAAGACCUAUGCCAGCAUCCGCACCCGCCACCUGCAAAAGUCGCUGGCGCAGUUCAGCGACAUGUGCAUGCUGCACAUCAAGAGCAACAGCGUCGACGGCUCAAACAAGGCCAUGGCACAGCAGGGCUACGCAGCCGGGCCGGGCGCUGGCCAGAGCAGCUCCGCCGAGUCGCGCUUCUGCUCUAUGCGCAACGAGAACUGGUACGAGACCGGCACAUCGCCGUUCGUGCAGUACACUGCCAACAUUGUCAAGCUAUUUGAGGCUGAGCGCGAUCUGGUGCGCCAGAUCAUGCCCACCAUCAUCAGCCAGGAAACCUUCCAGAUGACCGUCGGCCGGCCUUUCGAAUCCUACCUGAACACAGGCGACAAGAUGACCGCGUAUUUCGCCAGUGCGCCGCUCUACGAGAUCCUGCAGGCUCUGGAUAUCUACGGCCGCCUGCUGGACACCGAGGGUGCCAUUGACGCGCUGUUUGCCCAGAGCACUAGCCAGCGCAAUGCCUUCUCCAAGCUUCUGGCCCGCUUGCAAACGCCGCUCAACAAGUGCUUUGCUGCCCUCAUUACGCUGCUGCGCAAUCCGUCGCGCGACAGCAUCGGCCAGAAGCAGACUGGCGGCGUCCACGAGCUGGUGUUCAACACGCUGACUUUUCUCAACUACCUGAUUCUGUACAAGGACCUGCUCAUUGCCCUGAUUGUUCCCCUGGGCGACGGCCAUUGGGCACGUACUCCGCUGCCGGGCAUCACUGGCGCCAGCCAGCCGGCCGGCGAUCCCAACGACGGGCUGGCCGUGUUCCAGCACUACCUCCGUGACGUGAUUGAUGCUUUGGCUGGCACCAUCGAGCAGGCCAGCAAGCAGAUGAAGCGCGCUGGACUCGAGUACGUUUUCCUGAUCAACAACUACAGCUACCUGGCCCGCGCUCUCCGUGACACCAUGAACUCGGGCAGCGAGGGCCAGGCCCUGGGGCUAGGCGACCUGGUCGGCCGCUCGCCGCUGACGCGCAUCGAGGCGCGCAUUGAGAGCAGCCGUAAGCCGUAUGCUGUCACAUGGACCUCUCCCACCAACUCGUUUAUGUCAGCGUCGCUGAGCACCGGCGAGAAGCUGAGCCUGUUCAAUCGCGAGUUCGAGGAUAUCUUGCGUGGCCACAGGUCGUUUGAGGUGUUUGACGCCGAUGUGCGUGCGGUGCUGAUCAGUGACGCCAUUGAGGCUAUUCUGCCUACAUACGAGGGCUUCCUGAAGCAGAUCCCCGACAAAGGUGCCCCGGAUGUUGCCCAUGUGUUCAAGUACCGGCCAAAAGACAUCCAGCGCCGGAUCCAGUCCAUGUGGGACGAGUAGUGUCUUUAUGUGUAUGAAAUACAGUUCUCUAUCAUGCUACCAUCGCCGUGGCUGCUGUUCAGUGUCAUCGUUGCACAUCGCGUAAUCUCGGACCGGCGCUGGUGUCGUUUCCAAGAAUUUGGACUUUUCAAUUUCCGCCUCGAGCUG